UCUGCCGCCGACGUAGUCGGCGUUUACAGGCAAUCCGAGGGACACAUCUCUCUGUCUCUCUCUUUCUCGAAUCAUCGGCCUAUUGAUUUUCUCGUGGAGGCGCACGCGCUUUUCCGCUCGCCGCUGCUACGACGAAGGUGCGGCUAAACCAUGGAUCCCAGUGUACUCGCCACCAUGGACAAGGAAUCACUGAAGAGGCAAAUCGAGAACAUGGCCUACCAGGCAGCCAUGGAACGGUGGACGUUAUCGAGAAGUAUCGCGGCGUUACGGGAGUACAUAGAAGAUAACGAGAAGGUCGAUCCGCUGAUACACGCGCCCGAUAAGAAGAGCAAUCCCUGGGCCGAGAAAGGCAAGUGCAUAAUCAUGUAAUCGGGACCGGCGUAAAAGAAGGGCAGCAGAAGAAGAAGAAGAAGAAAGCGUGCGUACACCGAAGCGGAGGAGAAAAGAAGUCCGGUCGUUCAUCCGCAGCGAUUCCAGGGGCGGAGACCGCGAGGAGGAGGAGCAGCAGCAGAAGGAAGAGGAAGAAAUUCUCGCCGGUAAACAUCCGCUGCGGUUUGAUCUCGCGGGGUCGUCGUCAAAGGUGAUCGUCAAACCGGCGACUGCGAUCGAUCGCGAUUUGAUUCUCGACGAAAUUCGGAAAAUCGAGAGCGAAUCGUUUGAACCGGACCGAGCCGUUUCGUUUUCCUCCGAGGACAGUUUUGCUAUCGCGCGACGUGCGACUACGGACCGAUUUUCGAUUUCCGCGUUGUCUAAAAAGAAGAGAAAAAAAAAGAAUCAAACGAGCGCGUUGUUUUAAACAAGUUGCGUCGAUUAAGCCGAAGCGACAAGCCGAAGGGAAGAAGGAAGAAAGGAAAAUCGGAAAACCCGCCCGGAUUGAUCGACGUGUCGAAUCAAUCAGCCGCCGCAUGUCACGCGAUGAAUGCACAUCUCACUCGCCGAUGCACUUGCCGUAUAUACAAAACAGAAACUCUCCUCAAUCACCGACGACUCAUUAUCUUAAAAAAAAAAAAAAAAACAAUUUACAUCGUAAAUAUAAAUUUAUUCUAUAAUGUGAAAUAAUACGCGAUAUAAUAAUAUAAUUGUACACACCUUGUUAAUUGCGACUCUUGUAUCUUAUCUCUGCGCGAAUAUUUCUUACGAAAAAAAAAAAAAAAAUACACGACCAGCGAUCGAAACCCUGUACCGUUUUCAACAGUUUGUUAUCCGUUUCCAGAGAAAUACUUGUACUCGUCGUACGAAAAAAAAAUCUCACUUGAUAAUUCCUUUACAUGUCGAAUAAACAAAAACAUAUAUGGUAUAUUAUAAAGAAAUAAAUGUAAUAAAUAACUGAACUUUA